AUGAGCGUUGACAUGAUCGAAGAUGGACAGGUAACAAUGAUAUAAUAAUAAUAAUAACCACACUCGAUUACAGAAUUAUUUAUUUUUGUUUUACGGAAUUAACAGUUCAAUUUACAUGGGUAUAUAUAGAUUAGUAACAGCUAAAGUAUUUUUAAAUAUAUAAAAUGCAAUUAAAACGAAAUUUUAUGUAUUUAUAAUAAAUUGUACUGUUUCAUUUGUGUGUAUUUUUCUCUAGGAAGAGGAGAAUGUGCCAUAUGGUGGUUGUGAAGGUCCUGAUGCCAUGUAUGUAAAACUAAUAUCCAGUGAUGGUCAUGAAUUUAUUGUGAAAAGAGAACAUGCAUUAAUGUCUGGCACUAUUAAAGCCAUGUUAAGUGGUCCAGGACAGUUUGCAGAAAAUGAAACCAACGAAAUAAACUUCAGGGAAAUACCGUAAGUAGUUAUCACAUAAAGUUUGAUAAUAUAUGUCCUAAUAAUAAUUUGGUUUUUGUAGCUCACACGUUUUGCAAAAAGUCUGUAUGUAUUUUACUUACAAAGCUCGGUAUACAAACAGUUCCACUGAAAUACCAGAAUUUCCUAUUCCACCACAAAUCGCUUUGGAAUUACUUAUGGCAGCUAACUUUUUGGAUUGUUAA